AUGGAAAAAGAAGAAAAAAAAGAAGAAGAAUAUGUAUCAGAAAUUCUACUUGAAUUACAACCAAGAUCUCGUCGAGGUUAUCGUCGUUUAUUUGGAAUUCGUGAAAAUAAAUUUUUAAAUAAAGAAUCAUUUGAUAGAAUUGCUUUUACAAAAAUCUUUCUUAACAAAUAUAAUAAAAAAGUUGUUAAACGAGGAGAACAUAUAAUAUGCGACAAUUUAAUUAUUGGAGUUAAACAAAUAAAACGUAAUAUUCAUUUAUUUAAUAAAUAUUAUUUUAAUUAUAUUUUAUAUAUUAAAAAAAAAGCAGGCGCUUCAUCAACAUAUUCAGGAAAUACUCGCGUAGAAUUUCUGAUAAAAGGUCUUCCAUUUGGAAAUGAAGAAAAAGGUCAACUUGAUAACAAAAUAAUGGAUAAUAAACGAUGUUUAAAUGAAUAUUUUAUCAGUGAUCUUCUUACUAAAAGUGAUCAGACUAAUAUUAAUCUUGAAGUUGAACAAGUUUAUUCAUGUUAUUGUUCUCAAUGUAAAAAAGGUUUAAUUCAAGGAGAUUUUUAUAUAAAAAGUGGAAAUUGGAGUCGACCUAUUAUUUGUUUAUCAUGUUAUUAUUUAUUAUUUACUUAUAAAUGUACUCGUUGUAAAAAAUCAAUAACAUUUGAUCAUAAAUCAUUAACAUCUGAUGGUUUAACUUCUAUUCGUUUUGUUGAACAUAAAAAUUUUUAUUGGCAUUCAGAUUGUUGUGUUUGUGUUACAUGUUUACAAUCAUUAAUUGGACAAAAGUUUUAUCAAGAUCAAAUUUAUAAUCAAUUAUUUUGUCUUCAACAUAUUCCACAUCCAUGA